GCAGACACAGCGGGAGAAGUGAAGACAGCAUCGAUAAGCGAGACACAGUGAGAGAAAUAUUUUGCUUUACAUCAAUUAGACAUGGACAAGGAGAAGACGACAAAGAGAAUGUACAGGGAGAAGCUGAAUGCCACAGCAAAGCAGCGGUAUUUAGAGAAACUUUGUGAAAUAAACCAGAUCGACCCUUAUGAGCUGUCAGCUGGAGAAUGGAGCCGCGACAUGAAUGCUCUACCACCUUGUACUUACAUGGACAUGGUUAAUUACCUUGUGUAUGGUGUGAGCUAUUACACCAAGCAGCAGUUCAAAUGCUACAAGUCCCUGGAAAGCCAUGAACAGUUCUGCUGUGGAUGGGUGCAAGACCUGCAGAUCUACAAGCCUGGAGGCUGUAAGAACACCGUGGUACUUGCUAAGGUCAUGCAUUCACAGCGCCUCAGUCAACCACCUCUGACACCCUGGGUCAUUCUUGCACCUUCUGGGGAGGUGGUGUCUGCUCACUGCACCUGCAUGGCUGGUGUAGCUGAGUCUUGCACUCAUGUUGGGGCCCUUUUUUUCAAGGUGGAAGCAUCAGUGCCACAGUGACUGAUGAACCAGCCUACUGGAUGUUACCAGGCAACAUCAACAAAGUCCAUCCAGAGGUUGGUCACAAGAUAGACUUCACAUCAGCUGCAGCCAAACGCUCGCUUCCUUGAACAGCGUCAUCGAUGGUGAGAGCCACAGCAGACCUGCUUUCAGAACACGUGCAACCAAAGCUACAACUCUGACCCCAGCACCAACAUCAGAAGACAUGGACAAGAUCUACAGUGACAUACACAGGACAGGCACAAGGUCAGUUUUUCUCAGUGUGACGCCAAGGUACUGUGAUGAAUACCGUGACCCCACUCUCUCCAUCAGAGACUUGAAGUCCCUGGCAAAUCUGCAUGGUACACGCACACUUGACACCUCUGAUUUCUCAGCUCUGCGCCAGCACUGCCAGGCAUUAGGAGUCAUUGCUAAUAUUACAGACAUACAGGCAGCACAGAUCGAGCAAAGGACAAGGGGGCAGCACACAUCCUCGCUGUGGUUUGCGGCACGAGCAGGGAGAAUUACAGCCUCCUCCAUGCACAGUGUUUAUGCCACUGACAUCCACUCACCAGCCCUGUCUACUGUGAAGAGAGUCUGCUACCCUCAGCGCGGCCCAGGAACAGCAGCCACCACUUGGGGCAUCAAACAGGAGGAGAGGGCGAGGCAGGAAUACAUUUCCAGGACCAACCAAAAACACCACAACCAGGAGGUGCAGACCUGUGGGUUUUUUGUACAUCCUGCAUUUCCACAAGUAGGAGCAUCACCAGAUGCAAUUGUGGAGUGCACUUGCUGUGGAAAAGGCUGCAUUGAGAUCAAGUGUCCUGCGAAAUACAAGGACAGCACCAUUCUUGAUGCAUGCUCCUCCAACGACAGCAGCUUCCCUCUGUAUUAGAAAGGGCAGAUGCAUCUGAAAACAAGUCAUCCAUACUACAGCCAGGUCCAGACACAAAUGUUUGUUACAGAGAGGAUGUACUGUGACUUUGUUGUCUGGACAAAGAGGGACUGUGCGUUUCUGCGCAUUUUCCAAGGCCGAGCAUUUUGGGAGCCACGUCUACAGAAGGCCCAGGAGUUCUUUACUGAGGUGUGUCUCCCAGAACUAGUGGCAAAACACUUCACAAAACAACCUACCUCCCAAGCAUCAGCAUCCUGCAGUGGGGCUUGUGGACACCCUCCCCACUAACGCUCCUUGGCUUUGCCAACUUUACUUUAGCAAUAACAUAAUAUCAACUUUUUACCUUCUCAUCUUGUUUUCUUCCUCACCCCCCCCCCCCCCCACCAUUAAUGUUUACAUCAAUUUAACUGAAAUGUUAAUAGUAAAUUAUUCGUUUACACUGGCCUCUUUUUACUAUUUACGUUUGCACUGCUUGUUCAUGCACUACUUAUUAUUUCACUACAUGUUCUUGCACUUUGCAUG